UUUGUUUGGUCGUCGAGUUCUGACUUUUUCUUCACAAAGAUAGGAGGACUCACAUCUCUCAAAGCUCACACACACACACACACACACACAUGACCCAAGAACCCUAGAGAAGAGGAAUGAGAGAAUUCAUCCUCGAUUUUGAAUACAUCGCCGAAGGAUUUUGUUGACAAAACCUUUUCCAAAUGGGUUUAAUCAAGAACACAGUUCAUUACUGUUGUGUCUCAAGAGACAAUCAGAUUCUUUACUCUUACAACGGUGGUGACCAUAGUAACGAAGGUCUCGCUGCUUUGUGCUUAGAAAAGUCUCCGCCUUUUCACAAUUGGUACUUCGAAACCAUCGGGAAGAGGAGGUUUGGUUUCUUAAUAGGAGGAGAUGGGUUUGUGUAUUUCGCUAUUGUUGAUGAGGUUUUAAGGAGAUCUAGUGUUCUUAAGUUUCUUGAACAUUUGAGAGAUGAGUUCAAGAAAGCUGCGAGGAAGAAUCGUAGAGGAAGCAGCUUUACUGCUAUGAUUGGUUCUAUUGAUGAUGUUGAACAUCAGCUUGUUCCUGUCGUUACUAGACUCAUAGCUUCACUUGAACGUGUUGCUGAGAGUGCUAACAAUGAUUUGAAGACUCAAAAUAGUAAUCUUGGUGAACAGAGCGAAGGUUCGUCGAAUUCGACUAAAGCUCCGCUUUUGGGGAAGUUUGGCAAGCAAGAGAAGAAGAAAGGGAAAGAUCAUUUGAUUUCAGUUAGAAGCAUUGAGCUUGAAGAGCAUAGGAAGUCUAAUGAUAGACCGAACAGAAGCGAUGCUUCGACGGUAGCAGGAACGGAGUGUGUAUCGUCGAGUAGGGAACGUUCUGUUUCUCAAAGCUUUGAAUGGAAAUGGCGGCGUUUAGUUCAAGUUGUUCUUGCUAUUGAUGCAGCGAUUUGCUUGACACUGUUUGGUAUUUGGUUGGCUAUAUGUCGAGGCAUUGAGUGUACUCGUUCAUGAUCUACAAAUUCUGAAUCUGAAUUGUGCAGACGAGAUAUCGAUUCUUUACAUUCCCUUGUGCAAUUCCAGUAGGCAAAAAUAUGCAGCAUUGUUGAUUGUAUGUGUAGCCAGCCUAAAGUUAUAAUUUGGCUUAUGUGUUGCUUUAGUGUCACAGCCUUGUACAGUUGGAUCUACUUUCUCUUCAGUGUUCUUUGUGAUUUCACGAUAUGGUAAUGUCACUCUAUAUAUGAUUAAACUGUUUGAGCUCUCAAACCUGGAACUCAAUCCUUGU